AUGACGGAGGUCUACGUGUUUCUUAGAGAAACUAGUGAGAAGUUCAGCUUGUACGCAGAAUUCCUACAGCCCUCCAGCAAGUACCAGGGAGUCCUGAUCAGUCGCAUGGUGGUCCUGGCGCAGGCUGCUGUGAGCGUGGAGGCUAUACUGUACGCAGAACUCCUACAGCCCUCCAGCAAGUACCAAGGAGUCCUGAUCAGUCGCAUGGUGGUCCUGGCGCAGGCUGCUGUGAGCGUGGAGGCUAUACAGCAGGUCUCCACCCCAGAAAUUAAAGUGCUGAACUGGACCCUGGAGAACGGGAACUGCAGCUUGAUGCUGGCCUGCAUGGUGGAGAAGGGGGACCAUGUGGUUUACGGCUGGAGCACGGAGGCAGGCACCCACCUGCCGAGUGCAGCAAAUGCCUCCCACCCACUGUACCUCACCCUCGGCCCCCAGCACGCUGACGAAAACUACACCUGCACCGCGAGCAACCCCAUCAGCAACCGUUCCCAGACCUUCACGCCGUGGUCCAGCUGCAGCUCCUAUUCCUAUUCAGUUCCAGGACAAUGGGGACUGUAUGCUGGGCUGGCUUUAGGGGGCGUCAUUGGUGUCAUCAUGAUUCUCCAAGUGGCAAUACUUCUAUUCAGGAGAAGAGCUGGACUCCGAAGGUUUCCCAAUGGACUCUGGCAACUUCACAUCCAGAAUACAAGGAUUGAGAACAUGGGCUUUGACUCUGUUCAGAAGAAACCUAAUCCCUUGCCCGCUCAGGACCCCUGCACCACCAUUUACGUGGCUGCCACAGAGCCUGUCCCAGAGCCUGCUCAGGAGCCGAGCUCCAUCACCGUCUACGCCAGUGUGACACUUCCAGAGAGCUGACACCACAGACCCAGCGAAGGGACUGGCAGAAGGAGGACGGAGGAGCCAAAAGAAACACUGAACUUGGCCCCAGGCCUCAAGUUCUUACGAUACUCUACACACCUGCACUCCUCGGAUCAGCUCCCUGGGGAUGUCGCUUCCACACCCACCCGUGACAGGGACAAGCAAGGGAAGUUUCCCGUGCACUUAGCCUGCUCUGCAGGGCACAGGCCCAGGACAGGUUUCCGUGUCUGUGGUGCAGCAGAUGGACUGAUAAUGCAAAUCCUGGAGUCUAGACCUUCGGGUGUCUUGCUCUUCGCUGGGAGUGGAUAAGGAAAGCCAAGGGCAGAAAGCCCGCACCCAGAGCUCUUAGCUCAGGCGCUGGCCAGCAGCAGAGCCCGGAACCGGUUCCAUUCUGGCUGCCUGUACUUGGUUCUGGGAGCUGCUCCGGGUCACCAGGCAGGCCUGCUCCAGGCUCUGUGCCUCAGGCCCUCUCUCUGGAUGGGCAGUGAAGGAUGAGUUCCUUAUUCUAUGUAAACACUGUGACAGAAGAAGCUAAAGAAUCAAUAAACUGGCAACAUGGC